CACAGCCACGGUCUGAGGUUUUGACAGUCCUUGCGCCACCAAAACAGACACAAAACCCCGACGAUACCAAUCCCGGAGACUACCUAUACGACGCUACACACCACCUUAUAUUGACGAUCCCCUCUUCGGUGCCCAAACGGGAUAGCCGCUCUGCCACGUGAUAACGAGGCCAGCCGCGAACACAAUGGCCACUCUUGACCUAGCCACUUUCCUAAGUUGGUUUGAGGUUAGAGGCGGAGUUCUCGAUGGAUCUGCGGUUGGCUUUCGUGACGACUCAAGCUUGCAACGUUCCGUCUACGCGCUUCGAGAUAUACCACAAGGACAUACGUUGUUUAAAAUCCCUCGGGAUCUUCUUUUGUCCACUCGUACUAGUGGUCUACGAAAGGAAAUUGGGGAAAUAACUUGGUCAAAACUUGGGAGUGGUUGGGCGAGCUUGAUCCUUUGCAUGAUGUGGGAGGAGUCCAAAGGUUCCCAAGGAAAGUGGAACGAGUACUUCCAAAUCCUUCCAAAUACGUUUUCGACGCCUAUGUUUUGGGGCGAAGAGGACUUGAAGGAGCUGGAGGGCACCUCGAUGUUCGGUAAGUGUUGGAAAUCAGGCGAUGAUAACGUUAAUCUGCCUCUUGCAGAUAAAAUCGGGAAAGAAGAAGCUGAGGCUGAAUACCACAGCCGCAUCGUUCCCGUUCUCGAGUCUCGCAAAGACUUGUUCUCCUUGCCCCUCAAAGCUGCAUUUUUCACACUAGAAAAUUUCCAUCGUCUCGGAAGUAGCAUCUUAUCUCGAAGUUUUCAUGUAGAAGAAUGGAGCGGGCAAGACAAAGAUCCUUCGGAUAACGACGAAUUGCACAAAGGACACGCUCUACCCGACGAUCAAUCAGGAUCAUCAAAAACGAACGAGGCCGAGGAUACGGCGAUGGAGGUGGAUGAUCCACCAUCGAGCUUAUGCCCUCCGGAAGAGACGGAACAGGGAACUGAUGCCCUGGAAGCAGAGGAUAGUGAUAGCGAUGACGAGGGCGAAGAUACCGCAGAUAUCUCUAUGGUUCCAAUGGCCGAUAUGCUGAACGCACGUUAUGGAUGCGACAACGCCCGACUCUUCUACGAGCCAACGUUUGUUGCAAUGAUCACGACCAAGCAGAUAAGUGCAGGGGAAGAGAUUUGGAACACUUAUGGCGACCCACCAAACUCUGACCUUCUCCGCCGUUAUGGUCACGUUGAUGUCGUCCCCAUACCCACAUCCACGAACUCCCAACAGUAUCAUGAGGCGAGGCCGCCAUGGUCACUGAUCACGAAGGGAAAUCCAGCCGACAUCAUGGAAAUCAAGGCUAAUAUUGCAGUCAACGCUUUUUUAGAGCUGAUAGAUGGCAAGGUCAAGCCGAAGGUAGAUGAGUCAGUUAAAGAGAGAAUCGAUUGGUGGCUUGAGUCAGGCAACGACGAUGUUUUCAUCUUGGAGUCCUCGCCUGACGAGCCACAUAUCAUACUACCUGAAGGGCUUAUCUCCAUCGUUCGGCUCCUUUUACUCACCGAUGCUGAGUGGACUAAGCUUUUGGAGAAAAGCAAACCCCCAAAGCCGAAAAUUGAAUCGGUCGAGGUUGCAAAGCUGAUUGUUCGUGUUCUACAACUACGAUUGAGCGAAUAUGCGACGUCUCUGGAGUACGAUCUUUCUCUCCUGCCGCCGUCUCUUCUAACAGAUUCGGCAUUCUCCAUUCCAACAUCCCCAGGACCUGCUCUCUCGUUGAACAACACAAAUGCUAUCAUCAUUCGCAUUGGUGAAAAAAGGCUUCUUCACGCUGCCCUCGCUCAUACUCAGGAACGCUUGAUUGAGCUGGAAUCAGAGUGCUCAAGGUCCCUUAACCGACAGGAUCGAGACAGUAACAGAGGUAACAGAAAGCGAAAAGGGUGGAAAUGCGAGGAUGACAAAAUGGACACGCCCGGACGGAAGAAGGCGAAACGCUGAUCUUGGCAUUUACUGGCCAGUUUAAGUCCCGCCUCGGAUGUGUGAACUCACUUCGUGCCGCAUAUUGUAGCAUUUCAUGAUAGUAGAAGACG